AUGUCGUCCUCAUCACCGAUACAGGUGUCCUCGCCAAACCAGGAUCGGGUGUCUCGGCUGGAUCGCAUCAUCGCCCAGCUGCACCGCCAGACUUUGUCGACGGGCGCCAGGGUUUCCAGGCCAGGGGAGGAUGGCCCCCUCAUCAGCGAUCUGGAGGCCCAGAUACAUGCCCUGCAUGCCGCGGUGCAGGAGCUACAGGCGUCCCAGGCCGGCAGCCCCGUCGCCCGGCUCCAGGCCGAGGUGACGCGCCUCGCCCAGCAUGCCCAGCGCGAACGAGAGGAGGCCACCCUGGCGGCGCAGGAGCGCUGGCAGCGCAUGGAGCAACGCCUGGCGUCCCAGGAGCUGAGCCUCGCGCGGCUGACGGGCGCAAUGGAGGAGCAGGCACGGCGCCACGCCGAGGAGCUGGCCGAGCUCGAAAGCACGAUGCAGGCCCGCCUGUCCACGGUGGUGGGCCGCAUCGCGGACCAGUUUGACGAGCUGGGCGCUGGCCUGGACGCGGCGGUGUCAGCGCGGGGGGAUGCGGCGGCCGCCGACGUCGCCGCCGCGAACCGCGCCGCCGCGCUGGCCGAGGCGCUGGGGCCGCGGGUGCAGGCCCUGGAGGCCGCAGUCGCCGGGCUGGGCGAGCGGUUGCACGCUGUGGACGCUGGGGUGGAGGCGUCGGUGGCCACGCUCGCCUCCGCGCUCCGCGCCGAGCUGGCGGUGGCGACGGGGGACCUGCGCUCCGUGGACGUGCGCGGGCGCGAGGAGGUGGGCCGCCUGGCGGACGGCCUGGCGGACCUGCGCGACGCGCUGCGCGGUGUGGAGGAAAGCGCGGCGACCCAGGCCGGGCGCACCUCCGCGCUGGCCCGAGACCUGGCCGACGCCAAGGCCGCGCACUCACUCGCCAUGUCGAGCCUGGGCGCUGAGUGGGCUGGCGGGCUGGCGGACGUCCACGCCGAAGCCGAGGCGCUGGGCGCCGAGCUGCUGUGCGCCCCGCCCCGCGUCCCCGCCGCCUGA